CAAAUAGUAAAGGCCUAUGUCCUUAACGGUCUACUUUUCCUCAGAGAGCAGAAGGGAUUCAUAAAGACUUUGCCCUGUAUGCACACCUUUCUUCCACGACAAACUAUACCUUACCUCCAAAGGCACCAAGACAGACCAUGGCUGAUACCUCUAUAUACACACACGCCCAAAUGCACAUGGCGAGACACUUGCAAGCUGAAUGCAACUUCGGCAAUGGCGUCUCCUGCAAGUGCUACCAACACCUGCACGCAACUGCUGCUGCUGCUGAUGUCCUUGCUCCUCCUUGCACACCGCGGGAAUUGCCGCGCCGUUUUCUCCAGCUUGUCCUUCGAGAGCCAGGGGGAGGCGGAGGCCUUCGAGGACGCGCUGCUGCGCCAGGCGUGCUUCAACGUCUCCUCGUCGUGGGGCCGUGAGGCCUGCGUGUCGCGUCUCGACACGGCCCGCGGUGGCGCGGGUAGCGGCCCCGUGCCCGUCCUCCGCUCCGCGCUCCGCGACACGCUCGGCGAGGCCGUCAGUGCCGUGGGGGCCGUCGCGGGGCUCGCCUCGCUGUCCAACCACGCGCGCGAGGAGAUGGCGGUGCGCGACUGCGUCGAGCUUCUGGGGUACUCCGUCGACGAGCUCGGGUGGGCGCUGAACGCCAUGGCCGAGCCCGACGACCUGGACCCAGAGCCGGGCUCGUCCCGGUCCGGCGCCGCCGCGCACCGCUCGGAGGAGGACCUCCACGCGUGGCUGAGCGCCGCGCUGAGCAACCAAGACACCUGCAUCGAGGGCUUCCACGGCACCGACGGCCGCCUGCUGCGCCGCGUCGAGGCGGCGGUGGCGCAGCUCACGCAGCUGGUGAGCAACCUCCUCGCCAUGCACAAGCGGCUGCGCAGCAUCACGCCGCUGCACCACGCGCCUCCUAGAAACAACGGCACAUCCGGCUCCGGCGCCGACUCGGAGCUUCCCCCGUGGGUGAUGGACGUCGACGGCGGCGGCGAGGAGCAGGAGCUCGUGCGCGCCCAUGCGGCCGGCAGGAAGGCGACGCGCGUGGACGUCGUGGUGGCGCAGGACGGCAGUGGGCGGUACCGGACCGUCAGCGAGGCGGUGGCACGGGCGCCGAACCACAGCAGGCGGAGGUACGUGAUCUACGUGAAGCGCGGGGUGUACCACGAGAACGUGGAGGUGAAGAAGAAGAAGACCAACAUCGUGAUCGUCGGGGAGGGCAUGGGCGAGACGGUGAUCUCCGGUAGCCGAAGCCUCUCCGGCGGCUGGAGCACCUUCCGGAGUGCCACUUUUGCGGUGUCCGGCGCGGGGUUCAUCGCGCGGGACCUGACGUUCCGCAACACCGCGGGGCCGGCGGCGCACCAGGCGGUGGCGCUGCGCGUGGACUCGGACCGCUCCGCCUUCUUCCGCGUCGCGGUGGAGGGCCACCAGGACACGCUGUACGCGCACUCGCUCCGCCAGUUCUACCGCGACUGCCGCGUCGCCGGCACCGUCGACUUCGUCUUCGGCAACGGCAUCGCCGUCAUCCAGCGUAGCACCAUCGCCACGCUGCCCCUCGCCCCGGGCCAGGUGGGCAGCGUCACCGCGCAGGGACGCAAGGACCCGAACCAGAACACGGGGUUCUCCUUCCACGGCUGCGUGGUCGAGGCCAAGUACCCGACGUACCUGGGCCGGCCGUGGAAGCCCUUCUCGCGGGUGGUGGUGAUGGAGUCGUACCUGGGCGCCGGCGUGCAGGCGCGCGGGUGGCUGGAGUGGGCCGCGUGGGAUCGCGCGGGCCUGGCCACGCUCUUCUACGGGGAGUACAGGAACUACGGGCCCGGGGCCGGGGUCGCCGGCCGGGUGAGGUGGCCCGGGUACCACGUGAUCAUGGACGCCGCCGUCGCCAGCAGCUUCACCGUGCGGCGGUUCAUCAGCGGGCUCGCGUGGCUGCCGGGCACCGGCGUCACCUUCACGGCCGAUCUGUUCAGGAAAACAUGAAUGAUCGACGACCGGUGUGCAGCUUCGAUGGAUUAUUUUUUGGAAGGACGAAAUAAGGUGAAAAUAUGUAUACACGUUAAUUAGGCCAUAAUGCUUACGAAGGAUGCGUGCACAAGUACCAUUGGUACAAUAUAAGAAUGUACUAAGAUGUAUGUAACCUGGCCCUGGCCUGGUGUGUAGCCUUUUAAUUGCUAUGAUCAUCAGAUCAUUCCUCUGGUAAUUCAGCAAGCAAAUGUGCUGACAUGUAUGUGUACCUGGGUUCGUCCAAGACCAUGUGGCAGCUCCGCGUCACGGCCAACCGGGAACAGCUCAAAGCACGAGGUCUGAUUCCUUUCCAGCUCCCACCCCACCUCAACUCGCUACCCAACCAAGUCGCAGACCGCCGUUUCAGCGUUUCCUCCCCAACUUCCAACACGCCUCAAUCCAGAUCCACGCUUCCUUGACCCUUCCUUCGCUCCCCGAGACUGUUCAUUCCAUCACCCGUAGGCGUAGCCGCCCUCGUGUCCCAGCGGCUCUCGUCCGUGCGCACUUGGGUUGCUCUCUCCACCAUUCCUUGCAAAGGAAACUACCUUCAGUAAUAAGUAAGCGGGUGAUGCAUAUGUCAAAUCAAAGUGUGUUCUGCAUUUUCGGUAUGAACAAUAUCUGUUUGGCAGGUGAUUUGAA